AUGUCGACUCCAACCAAGGCCGACCCCAAGGACAUCCAAGCUCACCUGGCCAACUACCAGGGCGACAAGUACGUCGACGGCUGGGCCUCCCUCUGGGACAAAGGUGACGACCUACCCUGGGACCGGGGCUUCCCCAACCCCGCAUUAGAAGACGCCCUGGUUCAGCGCAUCGGCACCAUUGGCGGUCCCCUCGCGCAGGAUGCUCAGGGCAAGUCAUACAGACGGAAAGCCCUGGUACCCGGCUGUGGUCGUGGUGUGGAUGUUCUCUUGCUGGCGAGCUUUGGGUAUGAUGCGUAUGGCCUCGAGUACAGUGCCACCGCAGUUGAGAUGUGCAAGAAGGAAGAGAAAGAGAAUCAUAGCUGGUAUCGUGUGCGAGACCAGAGUGUUGGUAAGGGGAAUGUUACUUUCGUCCAGGGAGAUUUCUUCGAUGAUGCCUGUUUGAAGACGAUUGGCGUGCCUCGGAAUGGAUUUGAUGUUAUUUAUGAUUACACGUUCUUCUGUGCUUUGAGCCCAGAUCUCCGCCCUAAAUGGGCACUCCGACACACCGAGCUCCUAGCUCCCUCGCCAGGAGGAAACCUGAUCUGUCUGGAAUUCCCCCGUCACAAGGAUCCCUUGGCCCCCGGUCCUCCGUAUGCUUCGCCCUCCGAGGCGUAUAUGGAGCAUCUGAGCCACCCCGGUGAAAAGAUCUCAUACAACGCCAAGGGCCUUGUUAAUGCGGAUCCGCUGCGGGAGCCCAGCAAGGCUGGUCUCGAGAGGGUCGCUCACUGGCAGCCCGAGCGCACGCACACUGUGGGCCAGGGCGAGAACGGGGUGAUUCAUGACAGAGUCUCUAUUUGGCGUCGACGUGAAUAG